AUGGCCUAUCUUGAUAAAAUCAAAGACCUACUUGCUCAGCUCAAGAAGUACAACAUCCAACAGAUACCAAGAGAACAAAAUGCCACAGCAGAUGCGCUGGCCAGACUGGCCAGCAGUGCUAUGGUGGACAAAGCCAGCUUGGUUCCUAUUGAAUACCUGGUCGAACCUAGAGUCAACCUGCUAGAACCAGUCUUUAUGAUAGAAAACACUCAUUCUUGGAUGACUCCGAUUGCAGCUUAUCUAGAACACGGAAUCCUACUCAACAGUCGCAAUGAUUCCAGGAAACUGAUGAGGAAAUCAGCUCGGUACGUAAUCCUGGAUGGGCAUGGCAUCCCAAAAAGUUUCUCAGCAAUCUUGUACCCUCAAGCAAAUGGGCAGAUAGAGGCAGUUAAUAAAACUGUCAAAGACACUCUGAAGAAGCAUCUAGAAGAGGCUAAGAGAAACUGGCCGCGGAAACUGCCUGAAGUACUUUGGUCAUACAAGACUACCGAACGAACAACUACUGGUGAUACCCCAUUUGCACUUGCAUAUGGAUAUGAAGCAAUACUGCCAGUAGAAGUAACUCCACCAUCUCACCGACAUACAACAUAUGACUCAGAUUGUAACCACCAACUGUUGGUCGAGUCCUUAGACUAUAUUGAAGAGAGACACAAAAAGUCCAACAUAACCCAACAAAAAAGGCUGCAAAGUACUUCAUUACCAGAGUUAAGGAACAAAAUUUUGAUGUGGGUGAUUUAA